AUGAAGGGUCAUUUGGAUUCUUUAAUUGAUGGGGCCCAAUCAGCUUUAUUUCUGGGUCGGAGGAUUACGGAUAACAUUCUUAUGGCUCAUGAGCUGGUUUCGGGCUACCAAUCUAAGGAACGAUCUCUGAGAUACGCGUUUAAGAUUGACAUCAGAAAGGCUUAUGAUACGUUGGACUGGCAAUUCUUUCUUAUUAUGCUUCAAGGAAUGGGAUUCCACUCGGUUCUUGUCGAAUGGAUAAGGGAGAUGGUUUCUACUCCUUCUUAUUCGCUUGCGAUUAAUGAGAAUUCAUACGGGUUUCAUGGGGGAAGGCGGCUGAGGCAAGGAUAUCCGUUAUCCCUUUAUCUAUUUAUGAUCGUGAUGGAGGGGGUUCUUUAUGCUCCUCAAGCAAUGCAUUCCGGAAGCUGCUGA